GCUUUACGCGAACAAACUGCAAACACUAUACACUAACUAUGGAGGAGAGCGUCAUUCUCGUAUUGCAAAAGCAGUAGUAAAUGGACGGAAGAAAAAACUAUCAAAACUAUAUCUGAGCUUGCAAAUAUUGUGCGUUCUGUGGUGUUUCGUGGAAAAAGUAAAACUGAUCCUGCAACUAGGACAUUUCAGGCUAUUAGAGUAUGAGUAAACGACGAACUGGGAGAACUUGAAAAGGGCAUGAAAGCAGUAUCUGAAAAUUUAAAUAAGAAUGGCAAGUUAAUAGUUGUCACUUCUCAUUCUUUGGAAGAUCGUAUAGUCAAAACCUUUUUUAAAAGUUUAUGUGAGCCAAGAUUUAUCGAUUGUAAGGUAUGAGCCAUGAUC